CUUAGCCCCCCCCCCCCGAUAUGUAAAAGUUAUCUGAAAAGUUAGUUGUGUUCGUUAUAAAAGCCAGGUUCGGGAGGUUGUCCCAGCAACUUGGGAGUAUCCAUUUUGCGGCGAGACGCGGGGUCCCUUUAUCGAUUUUAUGCAAGCACGUUCGUCCCCAACUUCAUAUAACGACCUCUACCGUCCUCUGAAAUUGCUUGGUCUACAGCCAAUCCAUCAUUCAACUUCCCCUCCAACGCCUUCCUCACCCUUAGCAAAAUUUUCUAUUACUAGUAGAGAGUUCAACGAACGACGACCUAGUCACAGAAAAUCGCUGUGUGAGCUCAUACCAGAAGAGCAGAACGUUCUCGGUUCGGACUUGUCCGCGCCCCGUCUCCACAACAAUCUUGACCUCAGUUCAGAACUUUAUAAACGGCACCACAAACCAAGGAGUCUCCUCAUACGAGCUCAAACAGAACCCUACUUGUCCACAACAAUCACAAGGCCGAUACACAUCAUCCCAAGUUCAAAAACGAUGGCGACUUUAUCUCCCCGUGACAAUCUCAACGCUCGCGUCAAAGGCAGCAGUCAUAUCGACUUCAAAACAGCCACGACCGGUGUUGCAGCAAAGUCAAUGCGGAAUGAAAUCAGCCAUUUGGUGAGCACUUGCGAUGAACAUGCCAAGAAGGCAUUUGACACCGAAAUGCAAUCAUUCUUCUAUCUUUUUACUCGCUAUCUUUCAGAACGCGCAAAAAGCGUGGAUUUAGACUGGGAUCGCAUCAAGUCCCCCGCCGAUGACCAGAUUGUGGCCUAUGACAGUUUAUCUCAGCCCCAUAACCACAACAACCUUAAUAAACUUGCUGUGCUCAAAGUAAACGGUGGUCUUGGCACUUCCAUGGGCAUGACUGGUGCGAAGAGCGCGCUGGAAGUCAAGGAUGACAUGACUUUCCUCGACCUCACCGUGCGCCAGAUCGAGCACCUCAAUACGAGCAACCGCGUCGAUGUUCCACUUAUUCUCAUGACGUCUUUCAACACCCACGAGGACACCUUGCGUAUCAUUAAGAAGUACGCAAAUCAACAACUCCGCAUCACGACAUUCAAUCAGUCCCGUUACCCCCGGAUCUUUAAGGAAAGCUUGCUUCCCUGCCCAAAGCGUGCCGACGAUGACAAGAAGCACUGGUAUCCUCCCGGCCAUGGUGACUUGUAUAAUGCGUUGCUGUACUCUGGUGUAUUGGAUCAAUUGCUUGCUGAGGGCAAGGAAUACCUUUUCGUCUCCAACUCAGACAACUUGGGCGCAGUUGUCGAUGAAAAGAUUCUUCAGCACAUGAUCGACUCCCAAGCAGAAUUCUUGAUGGAAGUCACUGACAAGACAAAGGCCGACAUCAAGGGUGGUACUCUCAUUGACUACGAGGGAUCAAUUCGCCUUCUUGAGAUCGCGCAAGUUCCAUCAGAACAUGUCGAGGACUUCAAGUCUGUGCGCAAAUUCAAGAUCUUCAACACCAACAACUUGUGGAUCAACCUCAAAGCGCUCAAGCGCAUCAUGGAGACUGAGGGCAUGGAGCUCGAGAUCAUCAUUAAUCCGAAGAUGAACGAAGAUGGUCAACCAGUCGUCCAGCUCGAGACUGCCGCCGGUGCCGCUAUUAAGCACUUCAAGAACGGCCACGGCAUCAACGUCCCACGAUCGCGCUUCUUGCCGGUUAAAUCAUGUUCCGAUUUGCUUCUCAUCAAGAGCGACAUUUAUUCGCUGCAACACGGACAGCUCGUUCUCAAUGAGAGCCGAAUGUUCGAGACCACACCUGUGAUCAAGCUCGGUGACCACUUCAAGAAGAUCCAGCAGUUCCAAAAACGCUUUAAGAAGAUCCCCAAGAUUAUCGAGCUCGAUCACUUGACUGUCACGGGUGAUGUGAAUUUCGGUCGAAAUGUGACACUUCGCGGUACUGUAAUUAUCGUUGCCAAUGAGGGACAGCGCAUCGAUAUCCCUGAUGGCUGUAUUCUCGAGAACAGGUUACUGUCUGGAAACUUGAACAUGAUCGAGUUGUAAUUCGAAACUUCACAACAACGCACGGACCAAUACAUAGAUAGCAUAUUCUUGUUUAUCUUACUGUUUUUUCUGUUUGUUCUUUUCUCGCUCUCGCAUGAUUUUGUUGUUCAACAUGUCUUUGUACUGUCUCUCUAUCGUGGACAACGAGCUCGCGAUGGCUUUUGGCUCCAUGAUAGUGUAGUGUUUACCCAACUACUUUUACUUUUGCAGCAAUCUGACUAGUGUUUUCCUUGA